GGUGGCGCUAAUGCUCCUAUUAGUGAACGGCCAUUAAGAAGAAGAAGAAGCAACGAGAACGAAAAACAACAGAACGCUGUUCCACACGGACACAUUUAACCGACGGACACCUUGUAAAUUAUCGUUCCGGAAGUGGACGGUGUUUUGACUAUUUUCUUUUCGCGAAGAAGUUUUGAAUUUCUGUGUUAGUGUUUGCGUCUAAUUGUCCUCAAAAUGGGGAAACGACAGCAUCAAAAAGAUAAGAUGUACAUCACCUGUGCAGAGUACACUAAUUUCUAUGGAGGGAAGAAGGCAGAAAUUCCCCAGUCCAAUUUCAGGCGAUUGCCCUUUGAUCAUUGCAGUUUGUCUCUUCAGCCGUUUGAGUAUCCAAUGUGCACUGAUGAAGGUGUUGUAUUUGACCUCAUGAGCAUAGUUCCCUGGAUUAAAAAGUUUGGAACGAACCCCAUCUCAGGAGAGAAACUCGAGGCCAAGUCGCUCAUCAAGCUCAACUACAGCAAGAACAGCGAAGGGAAGUACCACUGCCCCGUCCUGUACAACGUCUUCACGAACAACUCGCACAUCGUAGCCAACAAAGUCACCGGAAACGUCUUCUCGUACGAGGCUGUAGAGCAGCUCAACAUCAAGACCAAGAGUUACAAAGACCUGCUGACUGAUGAGCCGUUUACUCGCCAGGAUAUCAUCACGCUGCAGGACCCGACCAAUUUGGAUAAAUUCAACGUGUCGAAUUUUUUCCACGUGAAAAACAACAUGAAAGUUUUGGAUCCAGACGAGGAGAAAGCAAAGCAGGACCCGGCGUAUCACCUGAAGAGCACGAACCUGGAGACACGCGAGACUCUGGCCGAGCUCUAUAAGGAGUAUAAGGGUGAUGAGCUGCUGGCUUCGACCAUGAAGGUUCCCGAGGCCAAGAAGACCGACAGAUUCAACGCGGCUCAUUACUCCACAGGUCGAGUGUCCGCCUCCUUCACCUCCACUGCUAUGACUCCAACCACCACACAUGAAGCAGACGCUAUCGCAGACGAUACAGUGCGCUACCAGUACGUGAAGAAGAAAGGCUACGUCCGCCUCCACACCAACAAAGGAGACCUGAACGUGGAGCUGCACUGUGAUAAGAUUCCCAAAGCUAGUGAGAACUUUAUAAAGCUGUGUAAGAGAGGCUACUACGAUGGAACCGUCUUUCACCGCUCCAUUAGAAACUUCAUGAUUCAAGGAGGAGACCCGACAGGCACCGGUACAGGUGGCGAGUCAUACUGGGGUAAGCCAUUUAAGGACGAGUUCAAGCCCAAUCUCUCGCACACCGGCCGUGGCGUGCUCAGCAUGGCCAACUCCGGGCCCAACACCAACAAAUCUCAGUUCUUUAUAACGUUCCGGUCGUGCACAUACCUGGACCGAAAACACACCGUAUUUGGCAGGGUGGUGGGGGGAUUCGAGGCCCUCACAGCCAUGGAGAACGUGGAAAGCGAUCCUAAAACGGAUAAACCCAAGACCGAGAUUAAGCUGAUAAGCACCAGUGUGUUUGUGGAUCCUUAUGAGGAGGCAGAUGCACAGAUUGCAGCUGAGCGGGAGAAGGAGGCUCAAAAGCAAGAAGAAGAAAGAGCCCAAACCUCAGCAUCACUCAGCAAAGCUAAAACGGAACAAAAACCCAAAGCAUACCGAGCCGGAGUGGGCAAAUAUAUCAACAUGGCUGCCACUAAGCGCUCAGCGACCGACCAGGACAGCAAACCAUCCAGCAGUGAUACAGCAGCUAAGAAGCCUAAAGGCAUGACAGGAUUCGGAGACUUCAGCUCCUGGUAAAGCUGCUUUUCUCUGGAGGAACUUCGCUGAAGAAAAUACGUUUUAAUAUCAAAUCAGUUAUCAAACCUAUUAUUGUACGCAACUGUGCUGUGGACUGACUUAAAAUGUGUUUUGUCACGGUAUCAAUAUUAUAUUCUCAUACUGCCCUGGUCUAGUUUGAUGUACAAUUUAGUUCUCCUGUUUAUUUUUUCUUUUCUUUUUUUUUUUUCUUCUUUGUAAAUGACUUCCUACAAUGUCUUUUGUUCUCCGGUUCAGGAAUAUGUUCAUUUCACAAUGUCCACUGAUGUAUUUUAUGCAAUAAUAAAUCAGAUUUUCUAAAGCCUGCUGUAAGUCGAGUGUGCUUUUUUUCUCUCUCUCUCUCUCUCUCUCUCUCUCUCUCUCAAGGUUGUAGCAGUGUGAGCUCGCACUACCCCUCAGGGAUCUCAAGCGGUUUACCUCCUGAGAUCUUCACCUUCCUCAUUCUCUUCCUGUGAGCCACUCCAUGAACACAUAGCAUGUUGAUUUGGCAUCAUGGAGGUGAUUUUAAAAUUGGAAAGUCCUCCAGCUAUUAGAGAUGAUAUUUCCUCUUUAGCUCUGUGGGUGGCAGGCGAUGGUGGGAGCUGGUUGGUUUCAAUUGGUUGCAAUUCAGCUAUAUCAAUGUUUCACUUUCUGUAAUAAUCCCCCAAGUGUUUGUGUGGGAUUGAGGCGAUUUUGGAGUAAGUGCUUUAUUGUGGUUAGUGUCGCUGCGGUUUUAAAUGACUGAUUUGUUCAAAUUUUGGGAAACCCAAUCAACUAAAUUCAUUCAAAAAGAUUUGCAAGCAGGUAUAAACAAAAAUAACUGCAGGAGGGGGCAGGAUUAGGUAAAGUGUCUGUUAGAGUGCGCGGGAGUAUUAGUCAAGGGUGUCUGUGGAAAAGGUGGGAUUGGUCAAGAGUGCUUGUGGUAGAGGGCAGAAUUGGAUAGUGUGUCUGUUGGAGCAGGUAGGAUUGGUCGAGUGUUUGUAGGAGCAUGUGGGAUUGAUCAAGAGUGUAGGAGUAGGUGGGAUUGGUCCAGAAUGUAAGAGUGGGUGAGAUUGAUGAGAAUUCCUUGGGGUGCAGGUGAGAUUGGUCAAGAGAGUCUGUAGGAGCAGCAGGUGAGAUUGGUUGAGUGUCUGUAGGAGCGGGUGGGAUUGGUCAAGAAUGCGUGUAGGAGCCGGUGGGAUUGGUCGAGUGUCCGUAGGAGUGGGUUGGAUUGGUCAAGAAUAUGUGUAGGAGUGGGUUGGAUUGGUCAAGAGUAUGUGUAGGAGCGGGUGGGAUUGGUCAAGAGUAUGUGUAGGAGCGGGUGGGAUUGGUCAAGAGUGUCUGCAGGAGCGGGUGGGAUUGGUCGAGUGUCU